AUUUGGCUGUGCACCGGGGGACACGUGGCCACCGUCCACGAGAACCCCGGAAACCAAGGCGUCCGAGCCGAACGCCCUGCACAGGAUCAGGGUUACCGGUGCUGGUGCCCCCUGCCGCGGCUCCACACGCUUCGACUCACUGGUAGGCGGCAACCAGGAGGAGGACCUUCAUUCUUAGUCUGCUUGUUAGCAGCCUGGAGGCCACACAUGGCUGCUCCACCGCACAGUAGCUAGCUAGCUAGCAUGAGAUAUUAGCAGCUUUGUUUUUAGCAUCCACGCCGCUCAACAGCAAAUAUUCACCCAUUGUUCGCAUUUUUUGAAUUUGAGCUUCCGUGUUCGACUGUGGGAUGUUUAUAGAUACCAUACCCAUGCGUCAUUAGUGGACUUAAGUGGCCUCCCUGUGGUGGUUUACGAGGCUAGUGAUGCUAGGUCAAACACGGAAAUGCUUUGUUUAAAAACAGGAAGUGGCCUCAUAGCGACUUGUUCCCCCGCUCUUACUGCGUAUAAAGUUGUUUUUACAUUAGCACAUACAUGAGUGUGGCGUUUUAAACAAAUUUAAACUUGUAUAAAUACCACAUUAGGCGUCAUUAACGGAUUUCUUGUAUCGGCUAACGGGGCUAGUUAUCUCGGCAAAGGCGGAAAUGCUUUGUUUGAAAACAGGAAACGGUGUCAUCGGGACCAUUCCGCCCCUAAACCAUGACGUUAAUGUCGUUUUUAGAUUAGCGCACGUUUUUUUUUCUCGUUUUCUCUCACUUGAAUUAAACCAACAAUAAAACCGAUAGCGACUGAGGAAUUUGGGGUAAUUUCAUAUAUCGGCUUUCUAAUCCCGGAAGUGGCUGUCUUAAGAUGUUAGCAACUUUGUUUUUAGCGCUCACAAACCCUUAUUUUGUAGCAAACAAACCCAUAUUUAGGUGUCCAGACAGAUCACAUCAGCGGCGUGUUGCGUUUUAUAGUCGUAAAUACCACCACCAAGCGUCAGUAGAAGGCUUUUUGUGGCGGACUAUGGGCGAGUUUGCGCCAAGUCAAAACCGGAAGUGCAUUGCUUGGAAGCGUAUUGUCCAUUCUCUAAAUUCCCCACUUUUACCGCGCAUACAAAACAUACCAACGUCUUUAUUUGACUGGAUUUUAAACCAUAACAAAAAUAAAACUAUUUGCAGCGUAUCUUGUCUCAGUAUCGGCGUUUUAAAGCCCAGUCCCUCUCGAACUGCAGUAACUCCGGGCAACGCUUCCCCCCAACGAACCGCCACCAAUCACAGCCCUGGAUUCUUUAAACGAACCAAUCGGAAUACGCCUCUGUCACCCCGCUCCACCAAUCAGUCGUUUCCAAAGGCGUGCCUUCUCGAUGGUUAGUUUGUGUUUUAGUUGUUCCACUUUUUGCUAAAAAAAAAAGCGAUAAAACUCACAGAAAACAACGCCGCUGAUUGAAACAUCCACAGGGAGGUUGCUAGUUGAAGUUAAACACGUAAUGCGGUAUAGUUUGACGUCGCUAAAGAAUGAGAACGCGACAUUCGCCCCCUCCUGUUCACGUCCACGUCCCGGAAACCACGCCAGUCCAUGUCCACAUGAGGAGGAGCCCCACCAGGACCCCCCAGGACCGGACCACAGACGCUCAGGUGAAAGGCGAGCGGGGCAGGUCAAGAGGUCGCGCCCCGUGGAUCCCUCCUGGAAUAUCCUCCCUCAGGCUAGACCCGAGAAAUGGCAGAGGGGCGUCAGACGGCGCCCGGCAGGGGACCCGCGAUGAUGAUGAUGAUGACGAUGACGACGCGGACGCCAUCACCCGAGACCUCAACGUCCUUCUCAAGGAGCAACAGAGUCAGCGUUCAAAGAAGGGGGCGGGGGCCGACGGUUCCUGCGACGUCCUUUUGCGGGCGCUGGUGGAGGCGGAGGUGGACGGCGUGGCCGUGGCCAACCAGCUGAGCGCCCUGAAGGAGACGCUGGACGGCGUCUCGAAGGACAAGCGUCCGUCCAAACUGCAGACGUCCAGACUGGGGCGCCAGCGUCUGCUUUUACUGGAGAAGAUGGAGAUCUUCGACAACACCAACCACGGCCUGCGGGAGCUUCUGAGGGAGCGAGCCGACUCUGAGCAGGGGGGGUCGCUCAGGCUCUCUGAGGAGAACCAGGCCUUCAAGAAGAGACUCGCCGACUGCCAGGCCGACAACGUGAGGUUGGUGUCCAAGCUGUCGGACAAGGAGAAGGAAGUGUCCCGCCUGGCCGAGUGUCUGUCCUUUGAGAAGGAACACGCCAAGACCUCGGAGGAGCUCUCCAGGAUCCUGGGCUCCACUCGCGACCACCUGGAGUCCCAGCUGAGCCGCAGCCAAGCCGAGAAGCUCCAACUGGCUGCUCAGCUUCAGGAGAGCUACCGGCACCGGCAAGGGAACGGGGACCACGCGGCGCUGGCCGAGGAGGCGUCCAGACGACUGCGGGAAAAGGAGUCCCAGCUGGCUCAGGCGUUGUCCACGUGCAGCGACCUGCGUCUGCGCCACGCCAAGGAGGCGUCGGCCAGGGGUCAACUGGAGGACGAGGUCGCCGCCCUGAAGAUUCAGGUGAGCGAGCGGAGCGCUCAGCUUCACGUGGCCGAGGAGCGAAGUCGCGCGGAAAGGGCGGCGCUUCGGGACGAGCUGCACGGUCUGAGCGCCGACAAGGCGUCCGUCACGCUGGACAAGCAGACUCUGCAGGCUCAGGUGACGUCGUGCAAGGAGAAGCUGGGAUUGGUCGAGGAUGAAACACGCCAACUCAAGACCUCGCUGAGGAAACAGGAAGCCAUGUUGGAUAAGUACAAGAGGAAGGCCCAGCAGGCUGAGCUGCAGUGGGAGGAGUUGCGCGUCAAGGGGGCGGAGCUGGAGAAAGCCGCCGCGUCCCAGGAGAGGGAGAAGGAGGAGCUGAGGGAGGAGCUGGCCCGCCUCCGCCAGCUGGAGGACCUCCCGGAGCGGCUGAGGAGGGCCCGGCAGGAGGCCGACGCCCACCAGAGGAGGAGCCUGGAGCACAACUCCGCCCUGGCCGAAGUCAGACGCAAGGUGGAGGAGCAAGGCGCCCAGCUGGAGGCGUCCCAGCGCAGGAACCUUCUGCUGCACGAGGAGAACAACGUCCUGAAGGAGAGGGUCCACAACCUGGAACGGAAGCUGGAGGACAUGACGCUGGAGAACAAGGAGAUGUGCCAGGCCCUCCGCUCCAAGGAGGCCAGCGUGCAGAGCGUGGAGCAGCAGCUGGAGACCAAGGUCCGGGAGUGCGGGGUUCUCACCCGGCAGCUGCAGCAAGCUCUGGAUGACGCCCAUCAGCAGGCAGACGACAGCAUGCACCGGGUUCUGGCCAAAGAGAGGGCGUCCCAGUCCAAAGCUUUGGACCUUCAGGGUCAGCUGAGUCGAGCCGAAGCCGAACUGAGUCAGCUCCAUCGCAGCAAGGAGGAGAUGGAACGCCGCUUCCAGAACCAGCUGAAGAACCUGAAGGAGCGCCUGGAGCAGUCCGACUCCACCAACCGAAGCCUGCAGAACUACGUGCACUUCCUGAAGACCUCCUACGGGAACGUCUUUGGAGAGUCUUUGCUCUCCGCCUGACCAGACCAUCCAGGACCACCGGAUGGGGGACCUUGAUGGAUGGAACGAGGUCUGAUGGAUGGAUGGAUAUAGAUGAGUGCAGGGACCAUGGUACUCGAGCUAAGCUUCCCGUGUCUCCUGGAAGUGAGAUACAAGAUACAUGAGACUGAUUUAUCACUGGAAGGGAAAUGGAGUGUCAAAAUAAAAGCCUUAGAGGAAGUGAAAUAUGUUUAUUGGACUUUUCAGGAAGAACGGUCU